AUGCAGAGAGUGACCCAUAACCAGGAGAAGGUGCUGGACCUGCAGUGGGUGGAGUCAGGCUCGCUCGCCCCUGAGGGCCUGGACUCUCUCUCCCACAGCCUGGCCUUCCACCUCAAGCUGGUGGACGAGAGGGACGAGCAGCUGGAGAGGAUAGUGGAGCUGACUCAGGAGAGGGACUGUGGUCAGUACUGCCCCCCCGCCCCCUGCACCCAGUCCCCCAACGGAUCCCCCAGCAUGCACCGCACCGAGAGCCGGCAGCACCUCUCUGUGGAGCUCGCCGGCAAGGCCAAGAUCCGCCGUCUGAGACAGGAGCUGGAGGAGAAGAGCGAGCAGCUGAUGGACUGCAGGCAGGAGCUGGAGAACCAGGAGGCGGAGCUGAAGAGGAUCCAGCAGGAGAACGUGCAGCUGCUGGCGGAGGCGCGGGCGGCGCGGGCGUACCGUGACGAGCUGGACGCCCUGCGGGAGAAGGCUGCGCGCGUCGACAAGCUGGAGAGCGAAGUGGGGCGCUACAAGGAGCGGCUGCACGACAUCGAGUUCUACAGGGCCCGCGUGGAGGAGCUGAAGGAGGAUAACCAGGUGCUGCUGGAGACCAAGGCCAUGCUGGAGGGCCAGCUGGAGGGCUCGCGGGCGCGCUCAGACAAGCUGCACCAGCUGGAGAAGGAGAGCCUGCAGCUCCAGGCCCGCAUCCACGACAUGGAGAUGGACCGGGAUGGAGACAGGAAGCGGAUUGAGGAGCUCCUGGAGGAGAACCUGUCUCUGGAGAUGGCUCAGAAGCAGAAUGACGAGUCGCUGCACCUGGGCUGGGAGCUGGAGCAGCUGUCCAAACCGCCAGAGCUCAUGGAGGCCCUGCCACAGAAGUCCCUGGGCCUGGAGGUGAGUGAGCUGACCUCCAGCCGGCUGCUGAAGCUGGAGCGGGAGAACCAGACGCUGCAGCGCACCGUGGAGCAGCUGGGGGGCGCCGGGGAGCCCGAGAGCCACGCCCAGAGGGAGAACCAGAGACUUGCCGAGCAGCUGAAGCAGCUGGACAGCGAGAUGAGCGCAGACAGGCAGAGUCUGCGCAGUGCAGAGGAGCUGAACGCUGAGCUGCUGAGAGAGAAAGGGCAACUGGAGGAGACGCUGGAGACACUGAGAGACUCGUCUGAGAGACAGGUGCAGGUGCUGGAGCAGGAGAAGGAGCGGCUGUCGCAGACGGUCUCGGCGCUGCGGGAGCGCUGCCAGAUCGGGGCGGAGGCGCGGGUUCUGGACGUGGAGCAGGAGAACCGGGCUCUGCACGCGGCGGUCAGCGACGGCAGGGCCCAGCUCAGCCGGGCGGAGUUUGAGCACGCGCGCCUGCGGAAGGAUCUGGAAGCGCAGCGGGAGAGGGCCGAGCGGGCGGAGGAGCUGAGCCGGGAGAACGAGGCCCUGCAGAAACGCCUCGCCGCCCUGGGCCUCACCUGCGACAGGCUGGAGGCGGUGGAGAGGGAGCGUGGGGAGCGGGAGCAGGAGGUGCGGGGCCUGAGGAAGAGGCUGGAUGGCCUGAGGGCCACGGAGGUGCAGCUGGAGGCCCUGGAGAAGGAGAACGCCCAGCUGGAGGGGCAGAACCUGGAGCUGCGGGCGGCCGGGUCACGAGCCUCCCAGCUGGAGCAGGAGAACCGGGACCUGGAGGCGGAGCGGACCCAACUCCGGAAGAGCCUGGAGCUCCUCAGGGCCUCCAGCCGGAAGACGGAGCGCCUGGAGGCCAGCUGCCAGGGCCUGGACACGGAGAACCAGCGGCUGCAGAAGGCCCUGGAGAACAGCUCCCGCAAGAUCCAGCAGCUGGAGGACGAGCUGCGGGAGGUGGAGCAGGAGAACCAGGGCCUGCAGCGCAGCCUGGAGGAGCUGAAGAUCUCCAGCAAGCGCCUGGAGCAGCUGGAGCGCGAGGGCCGGGCCCUGGAGCAGGAGAGCGCCCAGCUGGAGAAGGACAAGAAGCAGCUGGAGAAGGAGAACCGCCGGCUGCGGCAGCAGGCCGAGAUCCGGGACGCCUCGCUGGACGAGACCCAGGCCCGGCUCGCCGCCCUGGAGCAGGAGAACCGCGCCCUGGGCAAGGAGGCCGCCGUGUACCGGGACUCCUGCGGGCGGGCGCGCGACCUGGAGAAGGACAACAACGAGCUGCUCAAACAGGCCACCAUCGACAAGAAGACCCUGCUCACCCUGCGGGAGGAGCUGGUGAAUGAGAAGCUCAAGGCCCAGCAGAUGAAUAACGAGCUGGAGAAGCUGACCCACGAACUGGAGAAGAUCGGCCUGAACAAGGAGAGACUCCUACAGGACGAGCAGAGCUCAGACCACAGCAGGUACCAGCUGCUGGAGUCUAAGCUGGAGUCCACCCUGAAGAAGUCCCUGGAGAUCAAGGAGGAGAAGAUCGCCGCCCUGGAGGCCCGACUGGAGGAGUCAUCCAACCUGAAUCAGCAGCUGCGGCAGGAGCUGAAGACUGUGAAGAAGAACUACGAGGCGCUGCAGCAGAGAGAGGAGGAGGAGCGCAUGGUGCAGAGGUCCCCCCUCAGGGCGGGAGAGGAACUGCAGGCGGCCAGUAAGUGGGAGAAGGAGAGCCGGGAGGCGACCAGGGAGCUACUGAAGCUGAAGGACCGGCUCAUCGAGGUGGAGAGGAACAACGCCACGCUGCAGGCGGAGAAGCAGGCGCUGCGCACGCAGCUGAAGCAGCUGGACACGCAGAGCGGGAACCUGCAGGCGCAGAUCCUGGUGCUGCAGAGACAGACGGCCUCCCUGCAGGAGAACAACACCGCCCUGCAGACCCAGAACGCCAAGCUGCAGGUGGAGAGCUCCACGCUGAGCUCCCAGGGAGCCGUGCUGCGGGCGCAGAACGCCCAGCUGCAGAGCCAGCAGUGCAGUGCGGAGAGCGGCAGGGAGGGGGCGCUGCGGGAGCGGGAGGAGCUGCGCUCCGCCCAGGAGCUGCUCCUGCGGGACCACGAGCGGCUGGCGGCGCUGCACGAGCGGCAGGCGGGGGAGUACGAGGCGCUCAUCGCCAAGCACGGCGGCCUCAAGGCCGCCCACAAGAGCCUGGAGCUGGAGCACCGGCAGCUGGAGGACCGGUAUAACCAGCUGUUGAAGCAGAGGGAGCAGUUGCAGCGCUUGGAGCAGGAGCUGAAGGCGGAGCGAGGCAACAUGCUGUCGGAGAGUCGCGACCACAAGGCCACGGCCGACCAGUACCACAAACUCAAGGAGGAGAACAACAAGCUGAACGCCGCUCACGCCCAGUUGCAGAGGGACUCUGAAGUCCUGCAGGCAGAUCACAGGGGGCUGAAGACCCAGCUGAACAGCGGGAAGCUGGAGCAGACCCGGCUGGAGGCGGAGUUCGCCAACCUGAAGGAGCAGUACCAGCAACUGGACAUCACCUGCACGAAACUCACCAACCAGUGCGAGCUCCUGAGCCAGCUGAAGGGGAACCUGGAGGAGGAGAACCGGCACCUGCUGGACCAGAUCCAGACCCUCAUGCUGCAGAACCGCACCCUGCUGGAGCAGACCAUGGAGAGCAAGGACCUGUUCCACGUGGAGCAGAGACAGUACAUAGACAAGCUGAACGAGCUCCGGAGGCAGAAGGAGAAGCUGGAGGAGAAGAUCAUGGACCAGUACAAGUUCUACGACCCGUCACCCCCACGCAGACGGGGGAACUGGAUCACGCUGAAGAUGAGGAAGCUGAUCAAACCGAAGGCCCGGCUGCGCGCCACGCCCCUCUCCCCGCCGCGCUCCGACUCCGCAGAGGCCUUCCUGGCCCCGCCCGACGCCCACGACAGCUCCUCCCUGGGCUCGGGCUCCGCCUCCAUGGGCUCGGGCUCCGCCUCCCUGGGCUCAGGCUCCGCCUCCCUGGACGACGCCCUGUCCCACAAGAAGAGCAGCAAGCUGAAGCGCUUUCCCUUUAUGAGGAGCAAACCCAAGGAGAAAGACCAGAGCAAGAGUUUCUUCCGCCGCUCCAUGUCCAUGAAUGACCUGUUGCACAGCGUGUCGCGGGCGGGCGCCCCGUGGGCCUGUAGCUCUGAGGCUCUGGAGCGGCCAGAAGAGGGCGCCGUUCGCCAGCGCUGGAGGGAGCUGGGAUCUCUGGCCUUCUCCACCACGGCCAUCAACUACACCAGCCUCCAGCCUGCCAGCCCCUCGGCCAAUCAGGGCCUGAGGGCCAAAGAUGACACAACCUGUGAAGAUGUCACCCCGGCAACCGUCGGCAACGGGCUGAAGGGUCACGCAGGGGCGGUUAACGGCGGUCUCAGUCGCCCGCAGAGCGAGAGCAGCCUGGAGAAAGAGGCGUGGUCCUGCAGCAGCAGCCCCGCCCAGCGCCCCGCCCAGCGCCCCGCCUCCCCCGAGAGCCAGGUGGUCUCCCUGCAGCAGUUCCUGCAGGAGAACAAGGACCCCGCGGAGGUACGCUGA